GUAAGCAUCGCAGUCUCAUUCUGUCAGUGGUGUGUCAUGACUGUAUUUGAUUUUGUUCUUCAUGAGGUGAAAUUAAUUUUUUUACACUGUCUGCUUUGGUGCAAACAAGAUGGAACAAAACAUUGCUGAUUUUUUGAACAACACAUUCCCAGAGACAGACUUUGAGCAUGUACACUUUGAUGAUGACAUUGAAACAGAACACAGUGACGAUACACCUCAAAGACAGCCAGCCAUGGAGGACAACCACAAUUACAGAGAUGCCAGCAAAUCUGCUCUAGAUUUUGCACAGAUUCAGAGCUUAACAAAUGCUGAUAAGGAAGAGGAAAUGAAGAACUGUUAUGAAAACAGUGAGGACUGCUCAUUAGAUGAACAAACCAUGAAGACAGGAUCUACGGUAUGUGAAUCAUGGGAUGAUAACAAUUCAGUUGAAAAUAAAAUGAAAGCUCAAGACCAGCAAUUGAACGUACAUGAUGAGGAAUGCAAAGAGAGCGAAUUUGAGAUACGUGCAGAAACAUCAGACCUCCAUCAAAUGGAAAAAGAUCAGGCAGAAUAUGUCAGUUUGCUCCAAUUGGUUCCUCCAAAAGAAAUUCACAAUAAUCUGGGUGCAGAAUAUCACAUGGUAAUGGAGGAAGCAACAUCACAUCUACUGUCCUGCCAGAUGCUAGAUAAACUUGAAAACAUAAUGGAUCCCGAACAUGUUUUUCAGUAUGCAUCGGAUGACAAUAAUUUUAGUGGCACUGAGUCAGAAUUGCACGAUUGCCCAAUAGUCUCAACAGAGGAUGAAUCUGGAGAUGAGAUGAAAGAAUUUACAGAAGAUGAUCAUGAGAGAGUAGAGGAAGGUUUAGCAGAUUAUCCCUCUGAUCUUUCUCAAAGUGAAAAUGAGGGUAGCAGUGAAAGUCAUGAGGGUAGGAUACCAAAAGACAUGAGCAGCAAGCUGAGUGAGACAGAGGUGGUACACUGUUUCCAUGAGAUUGAGAACAUAGCCACAACUUCAACUUAUAUGGCCACUUUCAAGAAUGAAGAGCUGGACGUUGAGGCAAUAUCUGGCAAAUAUGAUGCAGAGCAUGAUUGUGAGCAUGUCUGUGUAAAUGACCAAUUCCUGAAUGACAGUUUAGAAACAGAAAAAGAUAGCAGGAGGGUUUCAGACUUUGGAGAGAUCUCUAAUUUUGGAAACCCUGAGAAUUUUCAAUCCAUUGCCCAAAUGGGCAUAUCCGGUGAAGGGUACAUAAAUGAGCAGCCUGACUAUGACAGUGAUAUCAGCAGUGAUGGUGACUACAACAAAUGCCAAGAGGAAAAGUGGGAUCCCAUUUCUCGUACAUGCGAAGAGGUAAAGAAUAUAGCUCUCCCCGAACAAGAGCACACCUUCACAAAGGACAUUACUAGAGACUGGAAUAGCAUUGAGAGCAACAAAGUGGAUAUUGAGAGCAACAAAGUGGAUAUUGAGGACACGGUUUAUCAAAAUCCAGGGAUAUGUGAUGUAAUAGGUUUGUCAGGCAUUCCAACAUCUCCUGGAGCUGAAAUGGAAGACUCAAGUAUGGAAGCUUGUUCUGUAUAUGGGAUAAACUCUUGCGAAAUUCCAAACAGUAGUAAAAGUGAAUUGAAACCUUCAGAGUCCAGUUCUGUCAAACUGGAACAAAACGACAACAGUGAACCAUUAGAAGUUUUAGAUGUUGGAGAAAAUAUCAACACUUUUCUACCUGAGACGUUUUUGUCCUUGAUGGCUGAGGACAAUCUGAAGCUUGAUGAAUAUGACUGGGACAUUAAUGGAGAAGAGGUGAUCUGUGAUGAAGAAGACGAUUUCUUGGAUGAGCUAGAGAAUUAUGAGGAGGAAACUGAGAGGGACUGGGAAAAGGAACGAGCAAGAAUUGAAGCAUUUAACAGAUACUACAAGUCUGUUGAAGGCGAGGUAAACGAGGGUAGGAGCCACAAAGUUAAGUUUUGUCUGGAUCCAGAAUCUUGUCAAUAUGAGGAGGACAGUGAUAGCAGUGAAGAGGAAGUGAGUUGCAUAAGUGAGUUGCAUUCUUCACAGUCCAGUUCAGUCAGACCAGACCAAAGCAACAAAGAACACAACCAUGAACCUUUAGAAGUUUCAGACACUGGAGAAAAUAUCAGCAACCUAGAACCUGAGACACUUUGGCCCUCAACAUUACUGAUGGAUGAGGACAACCUGAAGCUUAAUGAAUAUGACCAUGACAUUAAUGGAGAUGACCUCGAUACAAUUAACUCAACUAAAGUGAUCUGUAACGAAAAGCUCAUGGAGGAGCUGGAGAAUGUUGGUCAGAAAACAGAGAUGGACUGGGAGCAGGAACAGGCCAGAAUUGAAGCAUUUAAUAGAUACUAUGAGGAGUCUGUUGGAAGGGAACCAAAUUAUACAACAGACAGGGGACACAGAGUUACAUUAAACUUGGAUCAAGAAUCUUCUCAAUAUCAGGAGAAUAAUGAUGAUAGCAGUGAACAGGAAUCAAACACAGAAGAUGAAAUAACAUCCAAUAUUCCAAAGACUGAGGACCAAAGUGAAUCUGAUGAACCACAAGAGAGACGCUCAUACAAAGGAAGGCUUAAGAUCAUGCCAAAGGGAUUACAAAAGCCAGGCCAGAAGCUGAAGAAACAAGCUAAGAGCAAUAGGCUGGCAUGGACUCUCCACAAGUUAGAGCAAAACCGGAUGAUCCACGUUAUCCAACAUGAUUUGAGAAUGUUUCAAAGAGCAUCUUUUAAUGGAAGCUAGAAAAUCUGACCUUACAUAUAAAGGGGUUAACAUGGUCGAUGCCACAAAUUUGCUUACUUGAUUAGUGGCUAUCGAAUAGUGCAGAGUAUAAAAUAUUUCUGAUUCAUUUUGUUUUUUUGUAUUUAAAAUGUUUAUUUUCAUCCCAAAUACUGCUAUUACUCAAGUACAAUGUACUGUGCAAUGAGCUGCAUUUGAAUCUGCAUCAUGCAAUAGCCUUUAAGUGAUUUUUAACCAGGCCAGACAAUCAAAACAAACAUUUUAAACUUAAACCAAACUCUGCCUUGAUCUCUCUAUAGUAUCUUGUCCUGCUGAAAUCAGUGUUAGCAGUAAGUCUGGCGACAGUGGUGGGAGUUCUUUCUUACUGGUGGGCCACAGACAGCCUGGACUGGAUCUACUGAAUUUACAUUAAUCUUGGCUGUUUAACAUUACUCAAAACAUAAAAAUAAAAGUCAAGGCCUCUCUGUGUAUGGUAAAGAAACCUUUGCAAAAGAUCAAGCUAUGUUAUUAAAUCAGACAAGACAGUAGACUGAGAUAGAACCAACUUUAUUUCUUUACAGGAUGCAACCUAAUAUUGUAAUGUUUGCUUUUAAAUGCUUUUAAAAAGUCUUAUAACAUUGUCAUUCCUUAUUACCUAUGACUAUGUAAGUAGAUAAAUAGGUUUUACUUAUACUUUUAACUGUAACCUUUUGCUUGGAAAAGUAAUACAUUUGUGAAUGUGUGUGGUAUCUUCCCUUUACAGGACACCUACAUUGCUUGCAAAUUAAAACUGUCCUUAAUAAAUAAAACAUGACAAAAAUCAAAAAGCAU